GAGUCAGGACUCGAUGAAGAACAAGGAAACAAGGAAAGAGAGAUCUCUCCAAGGAAAACUGUGCAGCCAACGAACGAGAGAAGACGAGUAGCUCUGGACUUUGAGGCCUCGGGAAAAGCUGGCCAGGCAAAUGGGCUUUCGAGCAGAAGAAGACACAUGAACAAUGCAGGGAUCGCAGUAUGGUCGUUUCAGGCUCUUUGGGUGCUCGUACCAUCGACACCAUGUGAUGGAAGAAUACGAUUCCAGUGAAGGAUGGAAGACGGGGGGAGAGGACGUAGGACCGUUUUGAUCGUGAAUUAUUUGGCCGCGUGGAUGGAUGGCUUCCUUUUUCUUCGAGCUUGUUCGGCUCUAAGGUUAGCUAUCAAUCAGAGGGACCCAAAGGCUGCCUGAUUUCAAAAGAGGGGGCUUUCUCGAUCGAUCGAAGUGGCGCGAGAGUGACUGACUUUAAAAUAAAUGGAUGGUCUUGCGGGAAUCGGAGGAGUGGCGCUAGCAUCUGGAAAUGAGUUUGUUUUGGGAAUCCUCGUAGCCAUGAAUGCACGGAAAGAGCUAGAGCUUUGUCUUAACUUAAUUAAUCAGGUUAAAUCUAAAUUAGUUUUCUUGCCGUUAACUAAUACUAGGGCUUAGGGUUUUGGUGAGUGGCUAUGGCGGCCAGCGAGAAGAAGAAGAAGAGGCGGAAGGGGCCGUCGCUCAAUGACACUGGGCUCAAGGACAGCGAUCUCCAGGAGGCUGAACGGCUGCACGGAUUGCUGUUUGGAGCGCUCGAGAAUGCGGCAGAGGGUCUGGGCAAGGAGAACGAGGUAGGCGAUGGAUUUCGGAGGGAUGUGCUAGGGAUCGAUGCCGGGGAGGAGCCGGCCGCGGAAGAAUGUGAGAGGAAGCCGGCAUGGAUCGACGAGGAAGAUAGCGAAAUCCAGGUGAAAGAGGGCAAGGCUGUGUCGGCGGCGGAGUAUGUUGCUGGGUUGAGGGCACAGCACGCGAAGCUCAAUCCGGGGACCGACUGGGCAGCGCUUCCAUCGGAGAAGAAGAAGAGAAAGAAUUUUGAUUCGGAGCUUGAUUCCGAUGUGGAGGAGGACGAGGACGAAGAUCACACGAGAAUUCUUCGAGAAAACGAUGAGCUAGUCGUGAAGAGCAAGGUCCGGUUGCCGCAGGGAUUGAUCGAAGUGUCGAGGCUCAAGGAUGGAAAUGCCGAUGAGCCUUCCAGCGCAGUGGUGAGGUCCGUGGAGUUCCACAGGAAUGGCCAGAUUUUGAUGACGGCCGGGUUUGACAAGAGGCUGCGCUUCUUCCAGAUCGAUGGCAAGAAGAAUCCCAAGAUCCAGAGCGUCUUCCUGGACAACUUCCCCGUCCACAAGGCGAGCUUCGUGCCCGACGGAUCCAAAGUCGUGGCUUCCUCGCGGAGGAAGAUGUACGUCUUGUAUGAUCUUGCUCACGCCAAGGUGGAGAAGGUGAUGCCUCCGGUCGGGAGAGACGAGCAAAGCCUGGAGAGCUUCGAGGUCUCUCCGGAUAGCAAGGUGGUGGCUUUCAUCGGGAACGAGGGGUACAUCCUUUUGAGCUCGCUUGGAACGAAGCAGCUCAUUGGAACGCUGAAGAUGAAUGGCUCCGUGCGAUCGCUGGCGUUUGCGAACGAUGGUCGCCAGCUUCUCAGCUGUGGCGGCGACGGGGAAGUCUACUGCUGGGACUUGAGCACCAGGAGGUGCUUGUACAAGAUCAGGGACGAUGGCUGUGUCAACAACACGGCGCUGUGCGUGUCCCCGGCAGCAAACGAGUACUUCUCCACGGGAUCUUCCAGCGGGGUUGUCAACGUCUACAAGUACCAGGGACUCGCGAGCGGUGGUGCCGCCGCCAGGCCCGUCAAGACGCUGAUGAACUUGACGACGGCGGCGGACACCUUGAAGUUCAACCACGACGGCCAGAUCCUCGCGAUGUGCUCGAGAAUGAAGAAGGACGCGGUGAGGCUCGUUCACGUCCCUUCCUUCACGGUCUUCUCCAACUGGCCGACGCCGAAGACGGGCUUGCAGUACGUGCACUCGCUCGACUUUAGCCCCGGGAGCGGAUAUCUAGCAGCAGGAAACGCCGCGGGGAAGGUUUUGCUCUUCAGGCUUCGUCACUACGAGCACGCGUGACUACACAGGUCUUUUCUUCUAUCUUUGGCGGUUUGCUUCCAUGCUUACAUGACUCUCCUCUUGGGUCGCUUUGCAACUUCCAGGUUGCUAUGGCGGAAUGCGCUCGCACAGGUCUCUCUUAGUAAAAUUCCAGUUUUGCUCCGCCAACUUUUGCUCUUGUUAGCAGAGGGGAUUGGCGCUGAUGUAAUGACAAGUGCAAGAUUAAUCCAGAUCCGGGAAUUUUUUUU